AUGACUACUCGAGAUGAAGAAAUUUUAUCAGAAUUUCACAAAACUUACAACACUGAAGACAAUCGAAGAAUUGUGUCUCUGCCUAGAAAACCAUUGGUCACACCUUUGCCUACAAACAAAAUUAUAGCGGAAAACAGAUUUCAUUCUCUUCAAAAAAGACUUGCAUCUAGUGAUGUGUUAAAGACACAAUAUGACAAAUGCAUGCUGAAUUACAUUGAACAAAAGCAUGUUGAAGUUUGUUCCAUAGAUGAAUCCAAUGAGAAGCCAGUAUAUUACCUUCCUCAUCAUGCUGUAAGAAAGAAAACGCAAUCUGAAACCAAGUGGAGAAUUGUGUUUGAUGCUUCCUCGCAUGCUCCAGGAAUGAUUUCACUGAACGAUACCUUGGAAGCUGGCCCGAAUCUUCUUCCUGAAUCUAUUGGUUGUCUACUAAGAUUUCGAUUGCAUGAAUUCGCUGUUACAUGUGAUGGUAAGCAAGCUUUUUUACAGUUGUCACUACAUAAAGAAGAUAGGGACGUCACAAAAUUUUUCUGGUACAAAUUAAAAUCUGAUUCAUCUCAACCUACUACUUUUACAGAUGAAAUAACUGUUUACAGAUUUACUCGUUUACCAUUUGGCCUUACUUGCAGUCCGUUUUUACUCUGUGCUGCGACACGAGAAUUGGCUGCAAAACAUAUCGCAGAAUUUCCAAUUGCUGCACCAAUGAUAGAUAAACAUCUCUAUAUGGAUGACUUUCUUGCUAGUAUGGAAACUGAAUCACGCAUUAUAAUGCUAUAUCACGAAAUCAAGAAUAUAAUGAAAUUGCCUAUGGAAAAAUGGGCUACAAACUCUUUGAAACUCAAAAAUGUACUAUAA